AUGCAGAACAAUAGCCUUCCCAGCAGAAGCAAUGUCAAUCUUGCACUGCCGCUGCGGCCAAAUGUCAGCCAGCGCAACCAGGACAGCCGCAACUUCUUCAUCAGCCACACAACGGCCAGCUCGACCGAGGCCAUCAAUGGCCCUGUGCGCGAACCCACGCGAGAGCAGCCUCCGAUCAGCGACAGAUUAAUUGUUGGAGUUGAUUUUGGCACCACAUUUUCUGGUGUGGCGGCCGUGUAUACAUCCAACCCCGACGAUAUUGAUAUCAUAAAAACAUGGCCUGGGAGUAACGGUAUUACAUCCGACAAGGUACCAACUGAGAUAUCGUAUGACUUUCCCACCAAUACAACGGCAGAGACCGAACCCAACGUGAAAUGGGGCUUCCAAUUCAAGCCAGAAGAGUCUCGACUGCGUUGCAUCAAGCUGUUCCUUGACCGCUCGCAAAAGCUGCCCUUUUAUGUCAGCCCCCUCGACACGGCCGCGCAGCUCAAGCGCUUCAACAAGAAUGUCGUCGAUGCUGUCAGCGACUAUCUCACACAAAUAUACAAGCACACCAUGGAUACCCUGACGCGCCGUUACGGCGAGUCCUUUAUGGCGUCGACCAAGGUUGACUUUGUGCUGACCUGCCCGGCGGUGUGGAGUGAUGCUGCCAAGAACACAACGCUGCAGGCGGCGGAGCGUGCAGGUAUGGGCAGCCGGUCCGAGAUUCAGAUGAUAAGCGAGCCUGAAGCCGCGGCUGUAUACACACUCAAGGCUAUUCAGCCAAACCACCUUAACGUCGGCGACAAUUUCAUUGUCUGUGAUGCUGGCGGAGGUACUGUCGAUCUCAUUGCAUACGAAAUCAAAUCAUUAAAGCCCUUGCGAGUUCAGGAAUCGGCGGUUGGGACCGGUGGCUUGUGCGGUAGCGCGUUCCUCAACUACAGGUUCGAAGAGCAUGUGCGCGGCAGGUUGGGCCAGGCGCGGUUCGAUGAGAUGAAGACAAAAAAGGGAAAGACAUGGCAGAUGGGCCUAAAGUAUUAUGAAGAGUUCGUGAAGCGCAACUUUAAUGAGGAAGAGCACCAAGAGUUCAAUGUCCCCUUCCCUGGUCUGGCCGAUGACGAAGAGGCUGGUCUUGACUCUGGAUUCCUGGUCAUGACGGCCGAACAAGUCAAGGACAUUUUUCAGCCCGUCGUUAAGGAGGUGUGCGACCUCGUGCAAGGCCAAGUCGACACUCUCCGUGCCAAGGGCGCCAUCGUGUCCGGCAUCGUCUUGGUUGGCGGCUUCGGACAGAGCGACUACCUGUACCGCCGCCUCAAGAGCCACUUUUCCACCGCGCCGCCACCCCCGUACAGCGAGCGCCCGACUCACGCGACGGCAACGGCGACACAGGCGAACAGCUCGAUCGAGGUGAUGCAGCCAGUGUACGCGUGGACAGCGGUUGUGCGGGGCGCGGUGCUCCGGGGCCUCGAGGGCAACAUGGUCAUCUCGCGCAAGUCGCGCAUGCAUUACGGCACCUCGUACGCGACCGUCUACGACGAGGACCGGCACUCGGUUAGCGAGCGGUACUGGUCGCCGCUGUGGGAGCGCUGGAUGGUGUCGGAUCGUAUGCAGUGGCAUAUUGCCAAGAGCGAGUCCCUGUCGCCGCUCUCGCCAAUUGCGUUUCACUACACGCGCAACUUUCGCCCGGGGCAGUCGCUCAUCGUCACCGACGACUUGAUUGCGUGCGACGCCGACGAGCCGCCCACGGCGUUUACGCGCGACCUCAUCAACGUCUGCACCCUGACGACGGACCUAAACGCUGUCCCGCGCAGCCUGUUUACGAGGCUGACGACGACGCGGGGUGUCGAGUUCGAUAAUCUGGACUUUACGCUGGAGAUGAUUGUCGACAGCGCGGGGCUGGGCUUUGAGCUCAAGGUGGAUGGUGUGCGAUAUGGUCGUGUGGAAGCCGAAUUUCAUUGA